CCCGCCCGCUUCGUCAUCGCCACGGCUCCGAAAUGCUCCUGCCAGUCGCCGCCAAGACGAAGCGAAGGUCCCAGAGACGAGAGGCGGAUGGCGGCGAACCCGUCGACGUACUCUCCGUCUCAGAGCUGGGAGACCAGGCAGCAGAAGCGAAGACGGUUCCAGAAGACCGAUUCGACUCGGUGCAGGCCCGCUUGUUUCUCUCUGGACGGGCGCUGCCAAUUCUGCCUCAGGAUCUGCUUACCCGGCGUUCGGAGCGACCACGGUCAUCGUAUCCGUGUAUUUUAUGAAGUGACAUAUCUACUCAAAAUGCCUGCUCGAUCCUUAAUCUAGCAUCUCCAUCAGUCUUGCUUCUCUCCUCGACAACUAGUAAAUUGAACUGAGCAGUAUAUGGUUGUCAUCUUCAAAGUUGCUGGUCAGAUUCGAUCUGUGAUGGAUUCCUAUUCGAUCUACUCGACGCAACAAUUUGGUAGGUAUCAUGUUGACUGUUUUGUGAUUUGUGCGCUAUGACAUGGGCAGAUUCUUCGACGAACCAUUGCUGACGCUGCAAAGGCUAGAGUUGUACUUCCACAACCCACUACGGACUUGUACCGAACAAGAUAACGACAAUUCCACCAAUAGAUCUCUCCACAUAUCCACCAUCGCUCAAAAAGCAGCAGCAGAGUGCAUGAGAUGGUGCGGCAGCAGCAAAAAGCUAAAGCUGAAGCAAAAGUAUUCUGAGUCCGAUGUCCGGAAUAGAGCAGUCGAUGACCGGCGUCCACAGGCCGUCCGUGUCGGCGACCACCGUGGUCAUGGUCGCGGGAGUCAUCGCCUCCACCGCGCUCUUCGUCCUCGUCUUCUUCCUGUACCUGCGUGCCAAGCGCUACUGGGGCGCCAUCCCGGUCAGCAUCCGCGGCCGCUUGGCCGAGCCAGCGGCUGCCCAGCAGCGAAGCGGCCUAGACGCCGCCGCCGCCGUGGGGGCUCUCCCUUCGGUAGUGGUCCGCGCCGGGGACUGCAAGGAGGGCCUGGAGUGCGCGGUCUGCCUCUGCGAACUGUCGCGGGGCGAGGCCGCGAGGCUGCUGCCUACGUGCGGCCACGCCUUCCACAUCGAGUGCAUCGACGCGUGGUUCUCCUCCCACUCCACCUGUCCUCUCUGCCGGAGCCCCGUGGUGCACGAGAAGCCCCAAGAGGCUGGUUCCGCCGCUGAAUCGGUUCCUGGCCGCUUCCACUCGGAGGAACCGCCGCCGGAGAUAGAGGAUCAAGCUGGCCGGAGCUCGAGCCCUUCCGAUCCUCCUUCAGGUAGUCCGCCGGUUGUGUCGGUGUCUGAGACACCAAGAAUAGCAGUGGACGGAUUCCAAACCCUGAAUUCUUCGGCAGCAACGUUGAGGUCGUUGCGAAGGCUGCUGAUUUGUGGAAGCAGGACGGGCGGCGCUUCCUGCAGUAGUCGAGAAUGCGACGUCGAGCAGGGACGUCUUCCCGUUUGAUAAAAGGCUGCAUGAUGCAGAAAGCAUUGUUCUUCCACUGAAACAAACGAAGCUUUUCAUCAUCUACAUUUCCAUUACAUCUGUACAGUGUCUCAAGGCAUUUAGGAGUUGCAAGCAGAGGAUUAUAGCUUCUGCACUUUUUGCUGCUUCUUUUGUAAAUCUAAGUCAAUCCAUGUCGGAACAUUUGAUA